ACAAAACAAAAACGUCUUGUUCUAGUUUGGAUAGUUGGAAGCAUUAAAGAAAAAAUGUGUGGGGGAGCUAUCAUUUCUGAUUUCAUCUGGGCGAAUUCUUCGUUGGCUGAGUCAGAACCGAGUCAACUCGGCUCUGUUAGCAGCAGCAAGAAGCGUAAACCCGUCUCAGUUGGUAGGCAAAGAGAUGGGAAGCGAGAGAGGAAGAAUCUGUACAGAGGGAUAAGGCAGAGGCCAUGGGGCAAAUGGGCAGCGGAGAUUCGUGACCCGAGGAAAGGUGUACGUGUCUGGCUUGGCACAUUCAAAACCGCCGACGAAGCUGCUCGAGCCUACGACGUUGCAGCUAUCAGAAUCCGUGGCCGGAAAGCCAAACUGAAUUUCCCAAACACUCAAGUAGAAGAAGCCGAUACAAAACCAGGGAAUCAAAAUGAGCUGAUUUCGGAAAACCAAGUAGAGAGCUUGUCGGAGGACCUGAUGGCGUUGGAGGAUUACAUGAGAUGCUAUCAGAUUCCGUUUCCGGACGACCAAUCGGCGACUGAUCUUGGAAAUUUAUGGAGCUAUCAAGACGCCAACUAAAUCUACUUAUUUCCUGGUUUACUUCCUUUCAAUUUACCGGCCGGUUUGCUCACCGUCCUUGUUUCCUCGUUAAUACGCUAAUCUACUUGUUUUUUAUAUAACAAUCAAGUCUAAUUUGUUUCCAUCAAUAUUUUAGAGUAAAGCUUCAAUUGUCUU